AUGGGGGUGGGGGGCAACGGGAGCUUCCUGGGCAACGGCUCCUCCCUCUCAUUUUUCUGGACGUCCGCUGCGGUGGUUUACACGCCCGGGAACCCUCUUCGCCCCGCCCCUCGGUCAUCCGUCCCCGGGGGUGGGGGGUGGGGAGGGGGAGUGGGGGGGACCGGGACGGUUCCCAGCGGGGGGAGCGGCCCUGGCUCCGCCCUGGGCGCGCGCGGGCCCGGCGGGGGUCCGGGGAGGGAGGCGGGCCCGAACCAGCCGCAGCCUUUAAAUCAGGUGGGGGGGUGUGGGCGCGAGGGGGGUGUAACGUCCCCGCGGAACUGGCUGCGCGGCGGCCCCCACGCCCCUCGGGGGCAGGUAGUGUCGGGUGUGCGGCCGGGUGCCCUCCCUCCGUGGGCCCCCGGGAGCUUCGCCUUCGGCCGCGUCCGGCCGGGCCCGGUUACAGUAUCUGCUGUGGCAUUGACACUUGGCUGCGGCUGCCAAGUACUCUUGAGCUCCGAGCGAGCGACUGCAGCCGGGGCGAUCGGGGCUGCCCGGGACGCCCCGGGAGCCCUCCCCCCGCCUGCAGUCUCCGCUGCCUGCCUCCGCUUGUGGGGGGACCGUCCCCGACUUGCUGCCGCCUGCCUCCUCCGCGUGGCUGCCUUUGGAACGGCUGGAAGCCCCCCGAGCCCUCUUUCUUUUGCGCUAAAUAUUUCUAGCCCCGCACCCGCCAGCGAGACCCUCAUCUUGGCUGGCCUCUACCAAAGUCCCCCCCAAAUGUGGGAGCCCAGCGGUACAAAUAAGAAAGGAGGAAAAGCCCAGGCGUGGAUUCGUGUCCUCUGACAAGACAGCCUGCGUGGCCGUGGCAAUUACACUCAACUUUCGGCCUCGGUUUCCUCACCUGCAAAUUGAGAAUGAUUAUAUGCAUUUACUCUCGUGUAUUUAACAUUAUGCUUAUAAAAGUAUUCACUUUAAAGUACAA